CAUAUGACCUUUAGACCACGACUAAUAGUCUUUUAACACAACAACAGCUCAGCCACAAGUGUGUGUCACCCAAAAGCAAACACUGGUUCUGCUAUUUAGUCAUGGGCGCAGUGCAGUACCUCGGAAUGUUGCUGCUGGCAUCAGGCGCAUCUGCCUAUAUUCAGGAAGGACCGAGCUCUCUCUCAGUUUAUGCCCUGCGGUUGGGACCGGGAGAAGAAAUAGUCACAUCAUUGUUCAAAUUUGUGCAGGAGAAGAAUCUCAGAGCGCCAUUUGUUAUGACUUGUGUGGGCAGCGUCACCAAAGCAACACUUAGACUGGCUAAUUCAGACGCGGUGAAUACCAAUGAGAUAAUAUAUUUAAAAGAGAGACUUGAAAUAGUUUCCUUGGUUGGAACAUUGAAUGAACAUGCCCACCUGCAUAUCGCACUGUCUGACAAGGAUGGGAAGACCAUCGGUGGUCAUGCUAUGGGAGACCUGGAGGUCUUCACUACUGCAGAAAUAAUGAUUGGAGAACUCAGCGACCUUCAGUUCUCUCGGGAGAUGGACGAACGCACAGGCUUCCCAGAGCUCGUCAUUAGAUCUCGCUCGGAAAAAACUGCCUAGCUUGUAAAUGAUGUGCCAUUUUUCCGUUAUAAGCAAGCGAAUGAGAUAAAUUUGCUGCAGAGCAUGUCUUUAGGCUGCUCAUUGCAUUGUUGUAUUGAUUGUAAGCAUUUGAUUCCGUGCAACAUAAUCAGUCAUGUAUAAAAUACACACAGUAAAAUCAGCUCAGUAAAUUCUUUAAAUGUCUAGACAUUAAUUUCUGCUGUUUAUCAGCAUGUGGUGCAUUUAGCAUUCAGGGAUCUUUCUUCUCUUGCCAGCUUUGGCUGAACUGUUCUACAGGGAUUUUACGAGACUGAUUGGCCCAGAGCGGGUGUAGGACAGUGACAAUUGCUCAGAGGGGUAAUGAAUGUACUGUUUGCUCAUCUUUACACGGUUACUAUAACACUAAUUGGGAGGGACAUCUGAAACAAGCACGGAGGAGAGUUAUCAGGAAUGCGUGACAUGGGUAUAAAGCAGGCGUUAGGAUGGCUGUACUGCCUGCCCCUGCUGUAUACUGUUUACACACACAAACUACUCACACUUAUUUGGAUUUAAUUGCUAGACUAGCUAUGUACAGACAAGUUCAAUGCCUGAUUAUUUGCACAUAUAGAAUUCUGCAAUCCCUACAACAAACUGACAAACAAAUGUCCUGAAAUCUAAAGUAUGGUGUUGUCAUUAUAUUAGAUUAAUAAUAACAUAUCAUGUUAGGUAACAGAAGGAAAAUAUUACAUACACUUCUUUAAAUACAUCAGCAACAUAAUAAAAAAAAAGUUGUAUGUGAUGUUUAUUCAGCUGUUCUUUUGGUAUACAUUCUUAUUUUAUCUACAACAGGAGAUUAUGCUGAUUUUUAACUGUAUAAUUAAAAAGACCUUUUGUUCUA